CGACUCAAUCACUCGGCAUACCACAGCAGGUAGCUUCCUUGGUAAGUUGAAGUCGUUUCCGGUGAUCACGUCGUGCCCCGCGUGACCGACGACACAACAUGAACCUUUGAGGUCCAAGCACAUAACCACGAUAUUGACAACGAAACUGGAGGCAGGAGCACAAUGGGUUCGAUCAGCGCCAGUGAAGGAUACUCAGUGCCAAAGGAAACGCAGCGCAUCUUUCAAGAAGGGAUUCUCAACAACCCUCUGAUUCCCGCAUUGCCCGAAGAAGCCAAAGCCGCGGGCAAACAUGUUCAGUUCACAGGCAAUGACUUGCCCAGCAUCCCCAUCAACUGGCGCUUCGCUGAGAGUGCCGCCGCGCUGAAAGGAUUCGAAGCAACGAUGUUGAACGUCCUUCGAUCGAGAAAGUAUGGAAGUUCAAUGUCCGACGUCACAAUCAACACCGACCACGCUUCAUUGUUCGUCAUGUCGCCGUUCCUGGUGAAAACCAUCGAGGGGGGACAGCCACAGACAUUCAACCUUCAUGAUGUUGCCGAGCUGGAGAAGAAAGGUAUCAAGAACUGCGAUUUGCAUCGUUCCGGAGCCUCGACGCAGAGACUCUUGGCGACAAACAUCUACAAAACCAAGGAUGGAAGGAGCUACCAUGUGCACGGAUCGAUGAACCCGGAACCGACGCUCACUGCUUUGGGGAUGGAUCUCGAAGGCACGGCCGGCGAGGACUAUGAUGCCGUUGCUAAGAGGUUCCAAGAAGUAGUUGGCAAGCAUGACUCGAAAGAGCUCGAUGCCCUAAUGAACGACAAGUACAAGCAGGCUGGUACGAUCUGCCAUUCAACUAAGGAAUUUUGGAAGACCGAACACGGCAAAGCCAAUGCUCAUGUCGGUCUGUACGAGCUGAAGAGGUCCUCCGAAUACAAUCAGCCAGCAGGUUGGUGGCCGGAACACGAUUCCCUGCCGUCAUCUGCAUCUCGUCCUCUGGCUGGUCUGAAAGUCGUUGAUCUCACUCGCGUCAUUGCCGCCCCAGCUCUAACACGAGGACUCGCAGAAAUGGGCGCAAGUGUCAUGAGGGUAACAAGUCCUCUUGUCACAGAUCUCUCCUUGGUGCAUCAAGAUCUGAACUGGGGCAAAUGGACCUCAGAACUGCAUCUCAAAAACGAAGAAGACCGAGCAAAACUAAUCGAGCUCAUCAAAGACGCCGACAUCGUCGUCGAAGGCUACCGUCCAGGUGUCAUGGAGAAAUACGGCCUCAGCCGCAAAGACAUAUUCGAAUUGGUCAAAGAUCGCAACCGAGGUAUCAUUCACGUGAAAGAGAAUUGCUACGGCUGGAACGGUCCCUGGCAGGGAAGAAGUGGCUGGCAACAAAUCAGCGAUGCAUGCUGCGGAGUAUCACUAGGUUUUGCGAAAGCCAUGGGGUUGGAAGACAACGAAGCCGUGACCCCAGUUUUCCCCAACUCGGAUUAUUGUACCGGAAUCGCAGGCGCGACUGCUACCCUUCACGCUCUGAUCAGACGUGCAGAAGAGGGCGGUUCUUUUGGCGUUGAUGUUGCGUUGAAUUACUAUUCGCAAUGGCUUGUUCGAUCUGUUGGUGAGUAUCCGAAGCCGGUCUGGCAGGAUGUCUGGCAGCGACAUGGAUCCUUCGUAUAUCGGAAUUACCACAACAUGGGGUACACCGUGGCCAAUCUGCUGGGUCUGCUGAUGCAAUACGACGCGAAGACGCUGUUCAAGCCGGAGUUCUUCGAGCCUCGGGCAUCGAAAGCGAUGGGCCUCCAGUUCUUGCAACUGAAACCGGUUGCUCAGUUCAAGGACGAUGUCAAGCUGGAAUACAACGUCGGCACUCGAGGCAAUGGCUACGACAAGCCGUACUGGCCGCAGGACUUGAAGACUGAAAUUGUGAAAUAA